AUGUACUAAAUUUGCGAAUAGGUAGGACAGGUUAAAUCUUUAUCAGAAUUAUAAAGUUAAAUAGUGUAAUAAGUAGUUGUCUUAACUAAAAGUUGUGGAUUUUAAUCUGAUUAAGAUUUCGAUUUUAUGACAGCUUAAUUUGCUAGAAACUUUACACAUGCAGUAAAAAAUAUUGAUAUCUUUUAUAAUAGUAUUGAUUUUAAUAGCGAUAAUACAAUAUAUAAUAAUUUGUCUCCUAAAGAUUAAAAAAGCCAAGAUUUGCAAAAUGAUGAAUAGUUUGAAAAAAUUCUUAACAUGAUCAAUAAAAAAAAUAAAAAUAUAAGUGGUAUUCUAAGAGAUGAAAGUAAUGAUGAAGAAGCCCAAAAGUUUUAAUGUAUUUAAAUCGAUUAAAAAAAUAUUUAAAUUAAUGUUAACUGA